GUUACGUUUUUUUUAAGUGUUUUUGCCCAAGUGAUGGGUGAUGUGUUUCCUGAGCUGAAAGACAACGAAAAGAAGAUCCAAGAUAUAAUUAGAGAUGAAGAAGAAAGCUUCGAGAACACUCUAGCAAAGGGUUAUGAGAAGUUUAAGAAAGCUGCAGAUGCUGUUAAGGAGAAUGGGGGUACCUUACUUAGUGGGCAGGAUGCAUUUGUUCUGUGGGACACCUACGGUUACCCAAUUGAUUUGACUGAGGUCAUGGCAAUUGACUAUGGGCUGACCGUUGACAAGGAUGGUUUUAAUGAUUCUAUGGAAGAAGCGAGGCAAAAAGCUAGGAAUGCUCACAACACGGCUGGUGGGAAUUUUAUUGUUAUGGACGCCAAUGCUACAGCACAGCUGCGCAACCAGGGGCUUGCUAGCACAGACGAUAGCCCGAAGUUCAUGUGGCCCAAGGCCAGACUCCUUUUGCCCCUCUCACGGUCCCACCUCUCCAUGGCACCCCCAUCGUCCCCGCCAUCACCGCUGCCAGCGGCGAGCGGCCGCCUCGUCAUACUCUACGCAUCGCAAACCGGUAACUCCAUGGACGUUGCCGAACGUGUAGGCCGAGAGGCUGAGCGUGGUGGCUGUCCGACCGUCGACGUCCUCUCCAUGGACAGAUUUGAUCCUAGUUGCUUGCCAGGCAAAUGUUUCGUGGUCUUCGUCGUGUCCACCAUGGGGCAGGGCGAUCCCCCAGAUUCCAUGAAGGGUUUUUGGAAAUACCUUCUCCCGAAGCAUCUGGGUGCGCGGUGGCUGGAAGGGUUACAUUAUGCCGUGUUUGGGCUUGGCGAUUCAGGCUACCAGAAGUACAAUUUUCCUGCAAAGAAGCUCGAUCAAAGGCUUUUAGAUCUUGGUGCAAAACGAAUCAUAGAGAAAGGCUUGGGAGAUGAUCAACAUCCUGCAGGAUAUGAAGGAGCUCUAGAUCCGUGGUUGCAGUCUUUGUGGAAAUCACUGAAUCAAACAAAUGUGUCAUUGUUACCAAGAAUAUCAGAUAUCAUUCAUCCUAAUUUGAAUAUGUUGGGGGAUGCAAAGAUCGAAGUCAUCUAUUACUCGGCUCCACAAGAUACCAGCAUUUCAGACUCCAAGAGAUUAAUUGAUAGAGCACGCUCAAUGUCCCCUGCUCUAAAGUUCCAUAAUGACAGAGAGCCACCAUACAUGUUACGGAUGGUAACAAACCAACGUUUGACUAAGGAGGACUCUGAAAGAGAUGUCCGCCACUUUGAAUUGGAAGAUCCGUGCUCUGCCAUCAGUUAUCAAGUCGGUGAUGCUCUAGAAAUUCUACCAAGACAGAAUUCAUCAACUGUUGAUGCUUUCAUUAAACGCUGUAACUUGGAUCCAGAUUGUUACAUAACGAUUCGAGCAAAGGGCGGGGUCAACGUUCCCAAAGGUUCGCUUGUGAACUGUUUGAUGGAUCGCAUCAAGCUAAAGACCUUUGUUGCUUUGACAAUGGAUGUCGCAUCAGCUUCCCCUCGGCGAUAUUUCUUUGAGAUCAUGAGCUAUUUUGCAACAGCUAAACAUGAAAAGGAAAGGCUUCAGUAUUUUGCUUCUCCUGAAGGAAGAGAUGACCUCUACCAGUACAAUCAAAAGGAGAACCGGACUGUUCUAGAAGUAUUGGAGGAUUUUCCCUCGGUGCAAAUGCCUUUUGAAUGGUUGGUGCAACUAACGCCUCCAUUAAAGAAAAGAGGCUUUUCCAUAUCAUCAUCCCCAUUGGCCCAACCAAAUCAGAUACACUUGACUGUUAGUAUUGUAUCAUGGCUUACUCCUUUUAAGAGGACACGGCAUGGUCUCUGCUCUACAUGGCUGGCAGGGCUCAGUCCAAAUGAAGAGAAUCUUAUACCAUGUUGGAUACACCGAGGAUCCCUACCUCGUCCACUUCCAUCGAUUCCUCUCCUGCUUAUUGGACCAGGAACAGGAUGCGCACCAUUCCGUGCAUUUGUAGAGGAAAGGGCUGCACAGAGUGUGGCAGAACCAACUGCUCCUAUUCUAUUCUUCUUUGGUUGUAGAAAUCAAGAUAGUGAUUUUCUGUACAAGGACUUCUGGUUAAAUCAUGCUCAAAACCAGGGGGUGCUAUCCCUGAAAAAGGGUGGUGGUUUCUUUGUUGCUUUUUCUAGGGAUCAACCAGAAAAGAUCUAUGUACAAGACAAAAUAAAGGAGCAGAGUGCAAGAGUGUGGAACAUAUUAUGCUCUGAUGUUGCAAUAUACGUUGCCGGGUCUUCUACCAAAAUGCCUGCUGAUGUUACAGCUGCAUUAGAAGAAGUUAUCUGCCAAGAGGGUGGUGUUCCAAAACAGGCUGGUUCAGGAUGGCUCAGGGAACUGAAAAGGGCUGGUGUACAAAUUGCCUUCUGACAGAAUUUUUGCCACAUACUUUGGCGGUGAUGAGAAAUCUGGUCUUGCUGCUGAUACCGAGUCGAAGAACAUAUGGUUGAAAUAUCUACCGAAAGAAAAGGUUCUUCCUUUUGGGUGCAAGGACAACUUUUGGGAGAUGGGUGACACUGGUCCAUGGGACCCUGUACUGAAAUUCAUUUUGAUCGUAUUGGCAACCGUGAUGCUACUUCAUUGGUGAACAAUGAUGACCCUACAUGUAUUGAGAUAUGGAAUCUUGUGCUCAUUCAGUUCAAUAGGGAGGCAGAUGGUACGUUGAGACCUUUGCCAGCAAAACAUGUGGACACUGGGCUGGGCUUUGAACUUUUAACUUCUAUCCUUCAGAAUAAAAUGAGCAAUUAUGACACAGAUGUAUUCGUGCCAAUAUUUGAUGCCAUCCACCAAUUGGCUGGCGAUGGAAUUCAACCAUACUGUGGUAAAGUAGGUUCCGAUGAUGUUGGCAAAGUUGACAUGGCUUACAGAGUAGUUGCAGAUCACAUAAGAACCCUUUCAUUUGCUAUUGCUGAUGGUUCUCAACCUGGUAAGUGAAGCCUGUCUUUGUUGAUGAGCUUGCUGUGUUGCAUUCGACAAUCUACAACAGGAUGAGGAUGUCAUUCUGAUAAACCUGAGUAAGCAUCGCUUUGAGAUGAGAAACUUGUGCACAAGGUUCAUAAAGACAAAAACUUGUGCAGUUCAUUUAGGAUGGUUAGAUUGAUUGACUGAAAGCUUAUUUCUCUGAAGUUUCUGUUCCAUAGCGAUUUGUUUUGAGGCAAACUAUCACUGUGACAUUGGAUUGAAAUUCAGGCUUAUGGACAUAAGUAGAUGUGUAUGUCCAAUUUUUUGGAAUCAAAAUAGCACAAGCUGAAUCAGAAUCACUAUGUCAGCCAUUGGGAGCUAAAAUGAGUAAUUGAGUAGUCUAA